AUGCGUGCGGAACCUUUGUUUUGGCUGUCGGAGGCAGACGGACAAAAGAAACUGUCGCACGACAUGAUGGCACUGUUCUUGGAUACCAGACUUCUACUAAGAAAAGUGAAAGAUUUAAGAUUUUUAACGCCAAGACGAAACCGAGUGAAAGAAAAAUGGGCUGCCACGCGCACCAAGCACCCUCCCACCAGUCUCGCCCUGCAGCACUUUGAUGCCACCUACAGCGUCCAGUUGGGGCGGCUGUGGCCAUCAGUCCGAGCCGCCCUGCUGUCAGAGAGGAAAUACGGAGCCCUGCACAAUAAUUUCUCCCACGAUGCUGUUCUGGCAGACUUGAAAGCCCAGGGAUGCAGAGACUUCAUCAGUGACACAGAUCCAGAGGCUCAGCCAUGCUUGGAGAAAGAAUCUGAGGUUGCUGCUGAGGAGGAAUCCAGCGGUGUUUCUAUGAAGAAAUCUGACACUGAUGGUCAGCAGCUCUCUCCUCUACAGCUUAGUCCUCACAUCAAGUGCUUCGUGUUUCCAAGAGGGGACAUCACAAGAUUCAAGCCUGCUAGACCAGACAUGUGCGGGUUGUUGGGUUACUACCUGAUGGACGCAGCGUCUGUGCUGCCUUGUCUCGCACUGGAUGUUCAAGAAGGUCACAAUGUGCUUGACCUCUGUGCUGCUCCAGGAGGCAAGACCCUGGCUUUACUUCAGACCCAGUCUAUAAGUUUUUUGUGCGUCAACGACACCUCUGUGUCUCGGACAUUGCGACUGAGGAAGGUCCUCCACAGCUACGUUCCUAAGCAGUUUUUGACAGACGAGAAACUACGCAUCACCUCCUUUGAUGGCACCAAGUGGGGGGAAAUCGAAAGGAACACUUUCGACAGAGUCCUUGUUGACGUCCCCUGCACCACAGACAGACAUUCACUCAUGGAGGACGACAACAAUAUAUUCAGUAAGAGCAGGACCGGUGAGAGACGAAGGCUUCCACAGCUACAGCUGGAGCUGCUGCUGGCGGGAAUCGUAGCAGCUUGUCCAGGUGGGGAGAUCCUUUACUCCACCUGCACACUUUCUCAAAUCCAGAACCUGAGUGUGGUGGAACAGGCCAUCUACUUGGCUCGAGAGAACCAUGGCAUCCACCUUCAGGUCGUUGAUCUGCGAUCCCUCACACACAUGUUUAGGAAAACCUUUCACUUCGCUCCCGACCUCCACCUGGGUGAGAUGGUCAUCCCACACUUAGCCGCUAACUUUGGCCCCAUCUACAUGUGCAAGCUAAGGAGGCUUACAUAGACUGUGGACUGGUGGACAGCUUUGCCUAAAAGCUUGGUGAGAUUUGAAUGACUGUGUCACUGCUUUAUGGACUAAUGAGGUGAUCCUCUUGACUCUUCAGCUUCAUACUCAUCUGUAUGUAUAAACUGUAGCUGUUGAAGGAGAACUUUUCAUCAUGGUGGUGGACUGUUGAAACACGAGACUACAGUUGGUUAAAUGUGACUGAUUUCAACCUCAGAAAACACAAAGAAUCCAGUGGAAGGACCUGGACCACGACAUUAUAAUUGUGGACAGCAGUGAACUACAGAUAUAUAUAUAUAUAUAUAUAUAUAUAUAUAUAUAUAUAAUUUUAUAUUUUUUAAUUUUAAUAAUAUAUAUAAUUUUUUUAUGGAGACCUUUGGACUCUGGUGAAUCAACAGGAAAGCCAAAUUCAAUUUAGGGGAUUUUUGGUUUUUAAAGUGAGCUAAAACUCUGAUUUGACAAAAGUUUUUGCACGUAGUAUGUGUCAGAAUGUGCUUAUGACUAAACUAGCUUUGCAAUGUGUCUUUUAAUUGUAAUGAUAUUUUUGCCCUGUAGGUGGCAACGGUUGAUAAAUAAUAAAACAUAUCCUGUAUAGUCUGUGCCCACUAGAGGACACUAAGGACAUGUCUGUGAAGGAUAUAUGUUGACAGGAGCUCCAGUAUGUAUGUCCUCCUGCUCUGUGUCAGAGGCAUAUAGAGAUGAAUAUUUCAGGCUGGGGAAUCACAUUACUGAAACACAAAUUUCCCUCAGAAUUACCUGCUCUCCUUAACUCUCCAAUGAAAAUGGGUUUGGCUUGUUCUAUGGUUAUUCAUCAGGUUUGAUGGCUUUGCCUAAUAACGCGAUAUGUGGGUGUGUGGAAGGAAGGCGUAAUGAACAGGCAGGUAAUGACUUAUUUGACCAUUUGGCUUCUCACAUCUGAAUCUGUGCAACUUUCAUUAUUAUAGCUGGAUUGACUCUGUUUUGCAUUGACAUCACUCAGAGGGGAAGUGUUUCCUCUUAUCACAAGCUAAUGUGAGCAGAGAGGUGCCUCUUUUUCCAUCACACCGCCGAUGACCCUUUAUGUUGUCCUGGCCAGGCAAUGUAGCGUGAAAAAGGUGUGUGUGUGUGUGUGUGUGUGUCUAACGAGUCCACCAUCCACAUCCCACUGUCAUUAAGCUGCUCCAAGUGCAGGAGCUGAGUCCCAUCCCUGCGCUGGGAUGGACGGCAGCCAUGCGGCUCCCAGAUGAACAUUAAAGAGGCAGCAGAGAACUAAAAUGGGACGUCUCACCCUGUUUUGCCCCUCCGCUUUUUUAUUCCACAGAUGAGUGCAGAUAAUUUUCUGUGCGAUUGUGAGUGAUUACUGUAUUACUGCGGUAAAAGGGGGAUGUAUCUGGGAAUGCAGAGGGAAUUAAUGACACAUAAAAACUAUUUUUGUAUUGACUGCUUUCGUCUCCAGGGCCUUGAAUGCCUCUUCGCACAUCUUGUGAUUACCUAAACGUAUUGUAAAUAUGUGUUUCCUAUGGGCUCUUACAUAAAUUUACAUGUUUUAACACUCAGGAGACGGCAGACUGUUAGAGAUGAGUUACUCUCUAUUCUGCCUGUCUAUAGACUCCACCGGCUGUCUGUUUUAUUAUUGAAUUAGCCAAUGAACCGCUGUGCGUUUGUGUGCCUGUGUAUAAGCCUGUGUUAGGGAGACAUAUGCUGUGUAUUAGAAAGAUGAAUAUUAUGGAUUUAACUACACAGCCAUGCUUCUGUUGUGUUUUCAAAUAAAAUUUAAAUCUUGCAUUUUAGCUAAUAAACAUGCAAAACACUG